CCUGCUUCACACAUGUCAUAUGUGAGUAACAUUGACCCUGGUUUGCCAUUAUUUCUAUUUAACUACAACGAAAGAAAACUCCACGGAAUUUUUGAAUCGGCUAGCUCUGGGAAGAUGAAUAUUGAUCCAUAUAUGUGGACUGCAGAUGGUUCGGGAAGAACAAUGUAUCCGGCUCAGGUUCAAAUUUGUCUCCGGCUGCAGUGCCAAGCGUUGCAUGAAGAUCAAUUCAAACCAAUAAUCAACGACAAUUACUUCACUGAGAGCCGUUUCUGGUUUGAGCUGGACCAUGAACAAACAGACAAAUUGAUGUCUUUGAUGUCAUCUUUAGCUUUUUCUCCGAGCACCUCCUUGCCACAGAAUGCAGCCAGAUGUAAAAAUGUGCGUAAAGAAAUACCCUUAGCUCACAAAGGAGUGGAAAAUGAAGGAAAUGAUGCUAAUUCAGAUGUUGACUUUUAUCUGUUAGAAGAAUUAAACCGAGAUAUGCCAUCUGCUAGUUUAGAGGUUGUUCCAGGUUAUAGCGACAAUGGCCAGUCAUCAGGACUUGGCCUUGAAAAAAGAACCGUGCCUGAGGAUGAGAAGGAUUAUAUUUUAAUGAAACUAAAAGAAAUAUCCCUUGCCCGUCAGCAUUCUGAGUCUUUGCUGAAGAAAAGUGUUGAAGAUACUAAUAUUAUAAAUGAAGCGAGCUUGGAUAUGCCAUCUGCUAAUUCAGAUGUUGUUCCAGGUUAUAGCGGCAAUGGCCAGUCAUCAGGACUUCGCCUUGAAAAAAGAACUGUGCCUGAGGACGAGAGGGAUUAUGUAUUAAUGAAACUAAAAGAAAUAUCCUUUGCAUGCCAUCAUUCUGAUUCAUUGCUGAAGAAAAGUGUUGAAAAUACUAAUAUUGUAAAUGAUGUGAGCAUGGAGCAGAGCAGCAUUCCUGAAGGACAAGAGGUAUCAAGAGAGAAAGUUGAACCUGAUACCUCGUAUGACUAUUUUGAUGUCAUAAGUCAGUUGACGAAACAGCUAGAAGAGCAAGAGUCUUUUGAAGACGAAAAACUCUGGGGGACUGAAUAUGAAGAGCAGAAUUUGGUUGAGGAAGAAAUAGAACUGCUUGAACAACAGUAUAUAGAAGAGGAAUGCAGACCUAAUCCGUGCAUAGAACCUGUUAAAGAAGGGCUGAUUGAGUUCUCUACCGAGCCUGAUCUUAAUAUUGAAGAGUCGAUGUUACUUGUGGGUGGAUACAAUGGGAAAGCAUACUUAACUUCAUUGGAUGCUUAUUUACCAUCAAAAAAUAAGAUGAAGUCUCUGACGCCAAUGAGUAUUGCUCGUUCUUCUGCCUCAGUUGCUCAGAUAUGUGGGGAGCUUUAUGUGUUUGGUGGUCGCAUAGACUCUGAAUGGUACAACACAGUUGAAUCGUAUAAUCCAACUGACAACAAAUGGAUUCUUCGCCCCUCUCUGAGUGGACAACCAAGGGGAAGCUUAGCUGGUGCCAGAUUAGAAAACAAGAUUUUUGCUAUUGGUGGGGAGAAUGGGUCUGAGUUCUUCUCCGGGGUUGAAAUGCUAGACUUAGAUCUUGGACGCUGGAUUAUGACACAAUCUAUGCUUGAAAAGCGAUUUACUCAUGCUGCAGCGGAGCUUAAUGGGGCUAUCUAUGUUGUUGGUGGAUGUGAUGGAAAGCACUGCUUAAAGUCCGCUGAGAGAUUUGACCCCAGGGAACAUUCAUGGACCAGAAUCCAGAGCAUGACUACAAAGCGGAGUUGCCCUGCUUUAACUGUUAUGAAUGAAAAAUUGUAUGUUCUGGGAGGUUUUGACGGAAAGGAAAUGGUCCCAAGUGUUGAAAUAUAUGAUCCUCGUAAUGGAUCAUGGAUGACUGGACCAGCAAUGAAUAUACCCAGGGGAUUUUCUGCUGCGGCUGUUGUAAAGGAAUCAAUGUAUGUAAUAGGAGGAGUUAUAGAUGGUGUCACUAUGACAGACACGGUCGAACGCUACAGGGAGAAUUCAGGAUGGGAAGUGAUUUAUCGGGGAUCUAUUGCCUGCAGGUGCUUUGCCUCCGCCAUUGUUUUGUGAAGUGAUCCGGCUCUCUGGUGUGCUUACAUUGAGUAUCACCGAUUAUCUUAUGGUCUAUCUGGGAGUGCUGAGUGCUGUUCAAAACUAUCAUGGUGUGCUUGUAACAA